AUGGCUUCUGAUCCGAGCCCUCUCCAGGACUUCUGCGUCGCCGAGAACAGCUCACAUGUUCUAGUUAAUGGAUUUGUCUGUAAAGACCCAAAGGAUGUGAAGGCCGAAGACUUGUUCUUGGCGGCCAAACUCGACAUGCCGAGAGACACAAAGGCGAACAAAGUUGGGUCCAAUGUCACUUUGAUCAAUGUAAUGCGGAUUCCUGGCCUCAACACAUUGGGCAUCUCCCUUGCGCGCAUCGACUAUGCACCUCUAGGCGAGAACCCACCGCACACUCACCCGCGUGCCACUGAGAUCCUCACCGUGCUUGAAGGGACCCUUUAUGUCGGCUUUGUCACAUCCAACCCAGACAACAAGUUCUUGUCGAAGGUGCUUAACAAGGGUGACGUGUUUGUAUUCCCAGAAGAAUCACCUUCUCUUUCUGCUGCUAUAAAUAUAUAG